AUGACAGAGUCCACAGCCGCGGGCAACGCCACGGCUGGCUCUGCGCCAGCCAAGAAAACCAAACAGAACAACCGACCAUCUCCCGAAGAGAUCGAGGCAAAGAGGCGCGAACGUGCCGCCAAGAAGGAGAAGGAAGCUGCCGAAAAAGCGGCGAAAGAAGCCGAGCUUGCGGCGGCCAUCGCUGCCAACGGCAAGAUCCCAAACGGCCACCUCGACGAGCACGGAAAUGCUCUCUUCGUACCGCGUGACUGGGCUUCUGUUGCCGGCAGCACUGACUCCCAGUCGGACAACAAAUCGACCAGACAGAAGGUGCGCAUCGUUAGCUGGAACAUCUUGGCGCAGGGCCUGGUACGAAGGACGUUGUUCCCCGGCUCUGACUGCCUCAAAUUUAAGGAUCGAUCCAUAGGGCUUACCGCCGAGCUCUCGAGUCGCACUGGCCACGGUUGGGACGUAGGCUGCUUUCAGGAAGUUGAUCGCAUGGACGUGCAUGGAGAGACAAUGACGAAGGACGGCUUCAGCUACGUGUACGAGAAGGGCUACCGACAAAAGCAGCACGGUCUGCUCGUAGCUUGGCGACGAGACCUAUUUGGCGAGAGUGCCCAUCGUCGACUCACCCUCGAUCUCGACGCAGAGAGCGUGGCGGCCGCUGGCGAGCCAAUUAGGACAGCGUGUUCGAGGGUGACGCGCAAUGUUGGUCUGAUCGUCGCCCUUCGCGCCUCUGCGACCGCCACCUCCAGUCCGGGCUUGAUCGUAGCGACGACACAUCUGUUCUGGCAUCCGAUGCAUGCGUACGAACGAGCACGCCAGUCUGGGAUCUUGGUGCGAAAGCUUCAAGAAUUCCGAAACGAGCUGGGUGAGGAGUGGCAGAGCGCACCUUGCAUCUUGGCGGGCGACUUCAACGAUCAGCCUCACUCUGCCACGUAUCACCUCUUGACUGGUCGCGAGUUGACGCAGCAUUGCCACGAUGAAGUUGCAUGCUCGAGCGUGGUGCACAAGAGCAUCGACGAGAGAAGAGAAAGAGGCGGCACGUCGAAUGGCUUUGCGCCUGGGACGACGGAGCCCGCACGCGAGGCUCCUGCCAACAAGAACGUGCCUGCUAUGAGCGAAGUAUUUGACAAUCUGCAGAAGCAGGAGCAGACGAACGGCGAAGAUGCAGCUGACGAAGAAUCAGACGUGGAGGAGGCAGAGGAGGAGGACGAAGAGGAGGGAGGCGAGCCCGACGAUCGCAUGCUCAAGAAUUGUCGUGCUGCAACCCGAGACGAUGCUCUUCUAUCGAUCGAUGAGCUGCUUCAGCUUCACGAUGUUGGACGUCCCCGUCCGGCAUCUGUGCCCGCCCAGCCUGCUUCUGAAGCUUCAGGAAGGAAAGGCGAGCCAAGGUCGCAUCUGGGCUCAGCGUAUGGUUUGCACUACGGCAAUGUGCACGAUCCUUCCGAGGAAGGCAACUUUUUCGGCUCGUCCGCUCGAGGGCGGGAGCGCUGGGACGAUCAAGAAUGGACACCGGAUACUCCCAAUUGCCACACAGGCGACAGCACAGAGCCGAUGUGGACCAUCUUCUCGAGUCUAUUCUCUCUCACACUCGACUACAUUUUCAUGCUGCCUAGACACAGCAAGCAGGGCCAGGCGUCGUCAGCUUCGGAACCAUAUCCGACGGUGACGCGACUGCUCCGAACGCACCGAACAGAGACGCUUCAACCGGGUGUGCCGAGAAAAGGCGUCUGCGCUUCGGAUCACAUUGCCAUCGGUGCUGAGAUUGACUUGUGA